AGAGAGAGAGGGACAGAUAUAUUGAGAGAGAGAGAGAGAGGCUGCUAAGUGGAGUGAGUGAGUAGUAUAAAUGUACAAAGUCUCCAUUCAGUGUCUGGCACCGUUCACAUUCUCACUCUGUUCUCUCUCUUUCUCAUCACCCUCUUAUCUUCGUUUCUCUGUUCGUGCUACUUCUUCUCGAGCAAUGGCAUCUCAUAUUGUUGGUUAUCCCCGCAUGGGACCCAAGAGAGAGCUUAAGUUUGCCUUGGAAUCCUUUUGGGAUGGGAAAAGUAGUGCUGAGGAGCUGCAGAAGGUUGCAGCAGACCUUAGGUCAGCGAUCUGGAAGCAGAUGGCUGAAGCUGGAAUCAAGUAUAUUCCAAGCAACACCUUCUCAUACUAUGAUCAAGUACUGGACACAACAGCCAUGCUUGGGGCAGUUCCUGCUAGAUAUAGUUGGAAUGGCGGGGAGAUUGGAUUUGAUAUUUACUUCUCCAUGGCAAGAGGGAAUGCAUCCGUACCAGCAAUGGAAAUGACCAAAUGGUUUGACACCAACUACCAUUACAUUGUUCCUGAAUUGGGUCCAGAUGUUAGGUUCACCUAUGCAUCACACAAGGCAGUGGAUGAAUACAAAGAGGCCAAAGUUCUGGGAAUUAAUACCGUACCUGUGCUCUUGGGACCUGUAUCUUACUUGUUGCUGUCAAAACCAGCUAAGGGUGUUGAGAAGUCAUUUUCACUUCUUUCCCUAGUUGACAAGAUCCUUCCUGUCUACAAGGAGGUUGUGGCUGAACUGAAGGCAUCUGGUGCUACUUGGAUCCAGUUUGAUGAACCUACCCUUGUGAAGGAUCUUGAUGCUCACCAGUUACAAGCAUUUACUCAUGCCUAUGCUGAGCUAGAAGCAGGCUUAUCUGGUUUGAAUGUUCUGAUUGAGACAUACUUUGCUGAUGUCCCUACUGAAGCAUACAAAACACUCACCUCUUUGAAGGCUGUUACUGCUUUUGGGUUUGACCUUGUCCGUGGAACAAAAACCCUUGAUUUGAUCAAGCAAGGAUUUCCAUCUGGGAAAUUUCUUUUUGCUGGUGUUGUUGAUGGAAGAAAUAUUUGGGCCAAUAAUCUUGCAUCUUCUGUGAACACCUUGCAGGCGCUUGGGGACAUUGUUGGGAAGGACAAUGUUGUGGUUUCCACAUCCUGCUCUCUUCUCCACACUGCAGUUGAUCUGGUGAAUGAGACCAAGUUGGACCAAGAGAUUAAGUCUUGGCUUGCAUUUGCAGCACAAAAAGUAGUUGAAGUAAAUGCCUUGGCCAAGGCUUUGUCUGGACAAAAGGAUGAGGUUUUCUUUUCUGCUAAUGCUGCUGCCUUGGCUUCAAGGAAGUCCUCCCCAAGGGUGACAAAUGAGGCUGUCCAAAAGGCUGCUGCUGCUCUGAAGGGCUCUGAUCAUCGGAGGACCACAAAUGUUAGUGCCAGGUUGGAUGCACAACAGAAGAAACUGAAUCUUCCUAUUCUUCCAACCACUACAAUUGGAUCUUUCCCUCAGACUGCUGAUCUUAGAAGGGUUCGCCGUGAAUUCAAGGCCAACAAGAUCUCUGAGGAAGAUUAUAUCCGUUUCAUUAAGGAGGAAAUUAAUAAUGUUGUGAAGCUCCAGGAAGAACUUGACAUUGAUGUCUUGGUGCAUGGAGAGCCUGAGAGGAAUGACAUGGUUGAAUACUUUGGAGAGCAAUUAUCUGGUUUUGCUUUUACUGCCAAUGGGUGGGUGCAAUCAUAUGGAUCCCGUUGUGUCAAACCACCCAUCAUCUACGGUGAUGUGAGCCGUCCCAACCCUAUGACUGUUUUUUGGUCUUCAACUGCUCAAAGUAUGACUAAACGACCUAUGAAGGGAAUGCUUACUGGCCCAGUUACUAUUCUGAACUGGUCCUUCGUAAGAGAUGACCAGCCAAGAUUUGAAACAUGCUACCAGAUUGCUUUGGCUAUCAAGGAUGAGGUUGAGGAUCUUGAGAAAGCUGGUAUUACAGUUAUCCAGAUUGAUGAGGCUGCUCUAAGAGAAGGUUUGCCUCUUAGGAAGUCUGAGGAGGCUUUCUAUCUAAACUGGGCAGUUCACUCAUUUAGGAUCACCAACUGUGGUGUGAAGGACACUACUCAGAUUCACACUCACAUGUGCUACUCCAACUUCAAUGACAUCAUUCACUCAAUUAUAGACAUGGAUGCUGAUGUGAUCACCAUUGAGAACUCCAGAUCAGAUGAGAAGUUACUUUCUGUCUUCCGUGAGGGAGUGAAAUAUGGUGCUGGAAUUGGUCCUGGCGUUUAUGAUAUUCAUUCACCAAGGAUUCCACCCACAGAAGAAAUUGCUGACCGGAUCAACAAGAUGCUUGCAGUUCUUGAAAGCAACAUUCUCUGGGUCAACCCAGAUUGUGGCCUUAAAACACGCAAAUACACCGAAGUCAAGCCUGCUCUCACCAAUAUGGUUGCUGCUGCCAAACUUAUUCGCAACCAGUUAGCCAGUGCCAAGUGAAUUGAGAAGGAGCGAACAGAGUCAUCAAUGUGAAAUAAUUCGCUCAAGUUGGAAAACUGAAUGCUUUGUAUUUCCAAUAAUGUCUUGAUGUGAUGUAAGAUUUUGUCCUUUCUUCUCCAAAAUUGAUAUUUUCUGCUCUUUGUUUAUAGGUAAUGUUUUUCAGUAUAUGAUUAUGAAUAUGCGUUUGAUAAGCUGGUCUAUUGUUUUUUUUUUGUUUUUGUUUAUGUUACAUAUUUUGUUGGAGAACUGAGGGAUUUUUUUAUUUGAAUUUUGGAGGAAUGCUAUUGUCAUGCUCAGAACGCUUAAAAAUAUCCUUGCAGGCUAUAGUUAUAGGGACUGUUUCUU